AUGUCAGGUGUCCAACAUGCCGCCAUGGUCUCCAAGUUCUUGGAAUUGGCCGAAACGAGGAGGAAUUUGCAUGGGCUUUGGGUUCCCGCGGUAUACUGGGCCUACCUUGUUGCCAGGGAGCUGAAACUCCCACAACUGAAUGAUCCAAGCGAGCUGAAGAGUGCGCUCAACAAGACCACCUGGAUGGAUGAACCGAUCACCGAAGCAUUGAGAGGAUUCAUCCCAGACAAAAUCACUAAAGUGACAAGCACCUAUACUCAACAAAGUCCCGGAGAGUGUCACUAG